GUUACAUAACAAUGCUUAGAUUCAAAUCCGCAGCUAUUUAUAUAAUCUCUGCUUCCUUGUCUUCAGUAACCAUGCUUUAUUUCAAUUGGAAUCUACUCCACAAACGUGGUUUCGAAUGUCAGCUGUUAAACGAAUAUGAUGUACCUGUGUUUCCUCAUAAGCCUGAAACUCAGCAUGUGGAAUGUGGACGAGUACUACGUGGAGACCAGGCUUACAUCAAAGAUAUUGCUCUCAAACGUCCAGCGCUGAAAAAAAACCGAUGGCUGAACAUGACAUGCACUGAGAUAAAAAGUCGUGUGCUUCCCCCAAAACCGUUGAAGAAGCUGGAUUUUGGCGUGGCUUAUGCCCGUGUUGUUUAUGAGAGUUACGAAUUCAUCGAGGACGAAAUUAGAUCCAGUUUUCACCCACAGAAUAUCUUCUGUUUCUCGGUGGAUGCAAAAUCUGAUGAUGAUUUCUACUACAAAAUCAUUGCGCUUUCGAUAUGUCUUCCCAAUGUUUUGCUCUCUCCAGUGCGCCGUUCUGUCAAUCGUCGUGGAAACAACAUGAACCAGGCCCACUAUGAUUGCCUUCAACUCCUCUCUGAGCACAAAAGCUGGGGAUACGUUUUAUUGCUUCAGAAUUACGACAUGAUGAUCAAGACAGUUUAUGAAACUGUGUCGAUACUAAAGGAGUUUGGUGGAGCUAACGACAUUUGCGUACGGCCAUGCGAACGGAAAAGAUGGAACCAUUCAGCAAAAUGGGAUGUGCGCUCAUUGAAGUUGUUUCGCAAUGAAUCCCAGGCAACUAAGGCUCAGCUAACAACCAAUCUGACCAUGGUUCGAGGGUUUGUACAGUGCUCACUAAGCAGAGCGGCUGUUGAUUGGGCUGUUAAGAUCGUUGACUUAACGCCACUUAUAAAUCAGCUCAACAUAAAUGAGUAUGCUAUAGAUGAAACGCUUUGGUCUGUCCUGCAGAUGAACGACGACCUGCAAAUGCCAGGAAGUUUCACAGCAAAAUGCCUCAACAAUGAAACUUAUGUGCCAUGUAUUACGAGACAUAAUAUCUGCAUAUUUGGCAUUGAGAAUUUGCAACGACUGUCUACGAUUAGGGGUCUGAUGGCUAACAAGCCUUAUCCAAGUUUUGACUACGCAAUCGUUGAUUGUACGCACGAGUUGCUUUUCAAUCGAACGUUCUUAGGCCAAGUUGACCAUGAGUUGGAUGUGCGUUUCUAUGACUCCUUUGAAAACGUUCGAUAUCAUAAAAACUCACUCAAUCCUGAUCCAGCUUACAAACUGCAGUGUCCAAGACCAAAACUCAAAGGAUUUUUCGUGGGCCACGAGUCAUUUUUGUUUUGA